GCACAUCUGGGGUUGCUGGGUGGGUGGGUGCCUCUCUCCGCCCCCAAGGCUUCAGAGGCACCCCCGGAUGCUAAAUCCGCCGCUUGGCAAGAAGCUCAGCCCCUUCCGUCCGACCUCCAUCCCUCCCUCCGGAGCCGGAGGAGAGGAGACGCGCGCGCCCUGCGCUCCUCGCCCUCUGCUGGUCGCUGCAAAGGGAUCUGGCCGGAGGCGGUGGUUUCCAUCUCCCCAAAAAAGUAUUCCUGAGCCCGUGCAGAGCGCCUUCCUGCAGAGGGUAAUGCAGUCCUCUGCUUUCUGUCUGGGCGAAUCAACAAACAAAAAAGCUACGGAUGGAGAAUCUCUUUCUCUAUUUAGAUUUUCAUUUAUAUUUUUCACCAUUGUACUUUUCGACAUUGCAUUACUUUACAUUACAUUCAAGAGGAACUGAACAUCUACUUCCCUUCACUGCAUGUUCUAAUCAUGCAAUAUUUUCCCUUUCUUGUUUCUCCUUUGUUUACCUUUCUUGAUUCUCGUUUUUAACUCCGUUAGAGUGCUGGGUUUACUCUAAAGGCGGUUGGAGGAUGGAUGGCGGCUAAUGGAUUGAGGUUGAAUCCUGACAAGACAGAAGUACUGUUUUGGGGGGACAGGAGGCGGGCAGGUGUGGAGGACUCCCUGGUCCUGAAUGGGGUAACUGUGCCCCUGAAGGACCAGGUGCGCAGCCUGGGAGUCAUUUUGGACUCACAGCUGUCCAUGGAGGCGCAGGUUAAUUCUGUGUCCAGGGCAGCUGUCUACCAGCUCCAUCUGGUAUGCAGGCUGAGACCCUACCUGACUGUGGAUUGUCUGGCCAGAGUGGUGCCUGCUCUAGUUAUCUCCCGCUUGGACUACUGCAAUGCACUCUAUGUGGGGCUACCUUUGAAGGUGACCCAGAAACUACAACUAAUCCAGAAUGCAGCAGCUGGACUGGUGACUGGGAGCGGCCGCCGAGACCACAUAACACCAGUCUUGAAAGACCUUCAUUGGCUCCCAGUACGUUUCUGAGCACAAUUCAAAGUGUUGGUGCUGACCUUUCAAGCCCUAAACAGCCUCAGUCCAGUAUACCUGAAGGAGCGUCUCCACCCCCAUCGUUCAGCCCAGACACUGAGGUCCAGCUGCGAGGGCCUUCUGGUGGUUCCCUCACUGCGAGAAGCCAAGUUACAGGGAACCAGGCAGAGGGCCUUCUCGGUAGUGGCACCUGCCCUGUGGAACAGCCUCCCAUCAGAUGUCAAAGAGAUAAACAACUACCUGACUUUUAGAAGACAUCUGAAGGCAGCCCUGUUCAGGGAAGUUUUUAAUGUGUGACAUUUUAAUGUAUUUUUAAUCUUUGUUGGAAUCCGCCCAGAGUGGCUGGGGAAACCCAGCCAGAUGGGCAGGGUACAAACAAACAAAUAUAAACCUGCUAACGUUUUAACCUGCUUGCAGUGAUUCUUCAUAUAACCUACAAACCUUUUCCAACAGAGCGCCUUUCUCCAGAUGGGGAACUGCUACUUUUCUCCCUUUCUUGGGGCUGCACGUAGUAUCCCACAGCCUGUGCAGAGUGCUGUUUUUUUUAAAAACGGCAGAAUCAUUUCCCUCCUUUCUGGGGGGAAGAAGAUCUAUAGGCAGACGGCCUUUGAGCAUGUGCAGAAUGCUUUCCUGCAGAGAUUAAUGCUCCCCACUUUCUGUCUGGGCAAACAAACAAAAAAACAUAUGCAGAGCACCUUUCUUCAGAUAGGGAACGCAGCUUCUGCCCCAAACCAGGAAAGAUGGGUGGGAGCCAUGCUUGGAAAAAUCAAAGGCUGGUUUUUAUAUAUCUGUAUUUUUUAAAAAAUCUAUAUACGUAGUGCUGUUCAUUAAAAAAAAAGACUGACUUUCAACAAUCAUACAUUCGUAAAUCCAUUUUUAAAAAAUCAGAAAUCAACUAUUGAUUGAUUGGCAUCGGCCUGUCUCAGGAGACAACGGAGGAGUGAGCCCAACUACUACAGAAGAAUCUUCUUAAUUGCCUGCAUUGGCUUGGCUACGCAACAAAGUUUUUGCGGGCAUUUAAAGGUUAAUGGAGAAGACGCCCACUGAAUAUCUAUUGGCUGAGCAUUCCGCAGGGACGGGGGCGGUACCAGAAGUGACCAACCGCGUCCCUCCAAAGGGAUAAGUGAAAGCAGGAGAGGAGCCAGAGAGACAGAGAGAUUUCCAGUUGCCAACAGAAAGAAGCAGCAGCCCCGCAUCCUCUGGCUGCCUUCAAAUGGGAACCUGAAUAGGCGUCAGCUCUGAAUGUCCUGCCCAGUUUGUGAAGUUGGGGAGAAGGGAGAUGAACAGCUGGGCGCGCCUUGGAGGUACAGGGGGGAAAGGGAGCUUCUCCUCCAGGAAUUUAAGGGAUUUGGGCAUUGCAAGAGAAGAAAAGCAAACCCUACACACAUCCGGAGCGGAGUCCCUAAGACAGUUGGAUGGCACCUUGUACGCCUGCUUCCGGAAACUCCUGCAGCUAAGCUGGUGCCAAACGUCUUGCUCUGCUUUCCUUUGGACCCCCAUCAGUGAGGCCGAGGAGGGGGGUGUCUUGCCAACCGGGCAGCCCAAGACCUCCACUGCCCUGGCUUGCACCCCAGGCAGGUCGCUUUGGUGCUGCUAACACAGCGGUUCUACUUCACCCCCCCUCCCCGGAGCAUAGCUAUCAACUUUCAGAUUUGAAAAUAAGGGAUCAGCAGCCUUGAAAAUAAGGGAUCAGCAGCCUCACCUGUCCCAGGGACAGUCUACUGGAUAGCUAACAAUCCAGGAUAGCAGCGGGAAACAGCGGGAAACGGUGCUGGAAUAAGGGAAUUUCCCGCAAAAAAAGGGAAGGUUGACAGCUAUGCCCCGGAGGCGUACUCCAUUGUUUCUCAAGACAGAUGGAUGCCAAAACAACUAACCAUUAAAGGAUAUUCUCAUAAUUUCCUGCAUAGGAUUGGCAGCAUAGAAAGGUUUUUAGCAGGUGUUCAGAAGCUGAGGCAGAAGGCACCCACUGAAUCUCUGUUGGCAGACUACUCCCCAACUGGGCAGAUGAUGUCAUUUCUUCUUGUCAUUUCUUCUUGUUGUCAGGUGAACCUCAUCAACUCAGAGGACGACCAGUGGUGCUCCUACAGAUUCUCCCUGCCGGGUUUGUUUAGAGUUUGUUACAGGCGGACAACCUUGACGGGAGCCCGACAUUGCUCUCCUCUCCUGCGAAUUCCAGCAGCAGGUACGUAACUGGGCCUUGAGCAAAGUGUUGGUUUCUUCCAAAAGCAAAUGGGUACAAGGUAAAAAAGGUGAAAGGUAAAGGACCCCUGGAUGGUUAAGUCCAGUCAAAGGAGACCAUGGGGUUGCGGCAUUCAUCUCGCUUUCAGGCCGAGGGAGCCGGUGUUUGUCCACAGAAAGCUUUCCAGGUCAUGUGGACAGCAGGACUAAACCCCUUCUGGCGCAACGGGACACCGUGACGGAAACUAGAGCGCAUGGAAACGCCGUUUACCUUCCCGCCACAGCGGUACCUAUUUAUCUACUUGCACCCGUAUGCUUUUGGACUGCUAGGCUGGCAGGAGCUGGGACAGAGCAACGGGAGCUCACCCCAUCGCAGGGAUUCGAACUGCCGACCUUCUGAUCAUCAAGCCUAAAAGGCUCAGUGGUUUAGACCACAGCACCACCCGCUUCCCUUCCCACCUCGUGCUGCAGCCCAAGUGCCCAGGGUGUCCCACUCUUAUUACCGAACCUUGAGGAUUUUUUGGCCAGAUGACUCUGUGGGUAAGUUUUUCAGUCCUGUAGGAAAAUACUAGGAGAGAAUUUUCUCUAUUUCUUUUAGGGUCUGGUGAUCUUUGAGGCGGCAGCUGUGUAUUUAUUUCCCUGAGGAGGAGCAGAGCAGGCGUUACUGGAUCCAGGGCACAGAGCCUUGUGCAAGGAAGUCAUGGAGGAGGUACAGGGGAGUGUAGCUUCUCUAGGUAAGAACAGCUGCUUGUGGGCUUUUUCAGAGCCAUCUGGUUGGGUUCUGUGAAAGCCAGCAAGGUUUUUUCAUUCACCCCUAAGCCAAAUUAGGGACCAGGUUGGUGCUGACCUUUAAAGCCCUAAACGGCCUUGGCCCAGUAUACCUGAAGGAGCGUCUCCACCCUCAUCGUUCAGCCCAGACACUGAGGUCCAGCUGCGAGGGUCUUCUGGCGGUUCCCUCCCUGCGAGAAGAGAGGUUACAGGGAAUCAGACAGAGGGCCUUCUCAGUAGUGGCACCCGCCCUGUGGAACGCCCUCCCAUCAGAUGUCAAGGAAAUAAAGAACUAUCUGACUUUUAGAAGACAUCUGAAGGCAGUCCUGUAUCUGGAAGUUUUUAAUGUUUGAUGUUUUAUUGUAUUUUUAAUAUUCUGUUGGGAGCUGCCCAGAGUGACUGGGGAACACCAGCCAGAUGGGCGGGGUAUAAGAUAAUAAUAAUAAUAAUAAUAAUAAUAGGCUUGAAAGCAGGAGCUGGCCCCCUAUCGGGGAUAGUGUAGUAGCGUCCUGCAUGGUGGCUCCUGCAUUGAGCAAGGGCUGAAUGACCUUUGGAGGUGCCUUCCAACUCUAAUCAGGAUUCUCUCUUUUCCCUCUGCAGCAACUGGGCAGGGCAGUGAGGAUUACGAAGAGCCAGUUGGGGUGUCCUUGGAACCCGUCAAGAAUGAAGAGGGAGAAGAGACCUUUGGGGAUCAAGAAAUGUGGAGGAAGCAGGGCGGAAACCAAGUAGACGUCUGUGAAAUCCCUAUCCAGAGAGCGCACACAGAGGAGAAACCACUGGCCAGUGGUAAUAGCUUCAGUCGCAGUGCAAACCUCAUCUCUCAUCAGAUAAUCCACACGGGACAGAGAAAAGUUAAGGGCCUGGAGUUUGGAAAGGACUUUAGUCAAAGCAAACACCAAGCUUCACACCAGGCAACUCAUGGGAGAGAGAAACAUCGUAAAUGCCUGGAAUGCGGAAAGAGCUUCAGUCGAAGCACAAACCUUACUAAACAUCUAAGAACUCACACAGGGGAGAAACCGUUUAAAUGCCUGGAGUGUGGGAAGCACUUUAGUCAGAGCUCAAACCUGAUUUCCCAUCAAAUAAUUCACACCGGGGAGAAGCCCUAUCAGUGUCUGGAGUGUGGCAAGGCCUUCAGUCAGAACACAAACCUUACCAAGCACGGGAGAAUCCACACGGGGAAGAAGCCUUUCAAAUGCCUGGAGUGCGGAAAGAGCUUCAGUCAAAGCUCAGACCUCAUUUCCCAUCAGAGAAUACACACGGGCGAAAAGCCAUUUAAAUGCCUGGAGUGUGGUAUGUGUUUCAGUCAGAGCACGGCCCUUACGAAACAUGACAAAAUCCACACGGGAGAGAAGCCCUACGAAUGUCUGGAGUGCGGGAAGAGCUUCAGCUGGAGAAAAAACCUUACUUCACAUCAAAGAAUCCACACACAGGAGAGACCGUACAAAUGCCCAGAGUGUGGGAAAAGCUUCAGUCAGAGCACAAACCUUAUUAAGCAUGAGAGGAUCCACACAGGGGAGAAACCCUAUAAAUGCUUGGAGUGCGGCAAGACCUUUACUGUGAGCACGAGCCUUACAUCACAUCAGAGAAUCCACACAGAGGGGAAGCCAUAUAAAUGCCCCGACUGUGGCAAGAGCUUCAGUAGGGGCACAAACCUUGAGAAGCACAAAAGAAUUCAUGCUGGAGAGAACCAUUUAAAUGUCUGGAGUGUGGAAAGAGCUUCUGUUGAAGAGGAGACCUUCCUUCCCAUCAAAGAAUUCACCCAGGAGAUAUGCUGUUUAAAUGCCUGGAGUGCGGAAUGAGCUCCAGUCAAGAGAACCAUCUUUAAAUAGUAAAUUUAGGAACCAUUUUAAUGUCUGGAACGUGGGGAAAGCUUCAGGUCAAGCACAAUGCAUGCUAAUGAUCUAAGAAACCUGGAUUGUGGAAGGAGUUUCAGUCAGGGCCCAUCCCUUAAUUUCCAUCAAAAUGUUCAUUACAUUGAAUUUUCCAAAAUAUAUUUUUUAAAGUGUCUAUUUUAUUUAUUCAGGGUGCUAAGGGUGUCAUGGAGAGAAAACAAAAGAUGGUUUUGGUUAAGAGCUACCUGCUUUCCACGCUGUCCAUAUUUCUGUCGAUUCUUUUGAUAGAUGUUCUUGUAGUUUGUUGGUAGGUGUGCAAGUGAUGAAAAAGCAAUAGGUGGCAAAAUAAGACUGUGCUUCCUCUUUUUCCAAUCUUUCCAAUAAAAUACUUCCAAAUGUUGUUUGUUUUUGUGGUCUUCCACCUCUUAGGACUCAUCUAGACAAUACAUUUUCCAGUUGGGUUUGGCUGGGAUUUUAAUUUAGACAUUGCAUCUGUGGGGAGCCCUCAGUCCAAUGCUGGGAAAGGGGGGGCUGAUCCUUUCUGUCCUACUCGGCUUGCCUCCAUCAGCAGCUGCCUCCCUGCCUCUUCUUGUCCCACUGGCCGCCCUUUGAGGUUGGAGGGUCUCCACGUGGGGCGACCUCCCUCCCCAAAGCGCAUUUUCCACCAAUCCUCCAUUGCAGUCUUGCCUCCCCACUGCCUGCAAAAGAUACUCACCAGAUUCUUCCCUGGAUGGGAAAGACAAAGGGCUGUUUUUGCUCCCUCCCCAGAGGAGGUAGCAGAUCAGGGAGAGCCAUAAUUCCUUCUUUCCAGAGGCCUUUCUAGAGACGCAGGCCUAGUCCAAGGGUCAAAGGGGGACAGACUGAAGCCUCACUAGGAAA